UUCAAGUGAACGAGGAGCUCACUGAAGCACACCGAAUAGCUGUGAAAGAAUGUAUUCAGAAUGCUGAUAAACUGACAGAUCUCCACAACCAAAUACUUGCUUGUGAUCAAGUCUUUGAGCGUUUGGAGAAAAUGUUGCUUGGUUUCCAAGGCGACCUUGGCACUAUCAGUGAAGAUAUGAAACGGUUGCAAGAGCAGUCCGUUUCGAUAAACCAGGAACUGGAGAAUAGGCAAAAAGUUCGGGGCGAGCUGAGCCAGUUUGUGGAUGACAUUAUCGUCCCACAGAAUAUGAUAAAAGUUAUAAUGGAAACUGAUGUAAAUGAUCGUGCUUUUCUUGAGCAGUUGCACGAAUUACAGCAUAAGAUCAACUUCAUCAAGGCUCAAGAGUCCAAGGAUGCGCGUUCUGUUUACGAUGUGCUAGGGGUUCUAGAAAGCCUGAAAUUCAAGGCUAUCGAAAAAAUAAGAGAGUGGAUCCUCUCGAAAGUCUACAUGUUUCGCAAGCCUUUAUCCAAUUACCAAGUUCCACAACAUCAGCUUCUGAAGUCGCGAUUCUUUUACGAGUUCCUCGCCGCAAAUGAGAGCAACAUAGCUCAAGAGGUGCAAGAUGAAUACGUUGAUACAGUCAGCAAAAUGUUUUUCUCCUACUUCAAAGCCUACGUCACACGUUUGUUCAAAUUGUUGAUGCUGGACGCCGCUUCCAAAGAUGAUUUAUUAGGUGCUGAGGAUGUGGUGAAAUCUGGAGGUAUCUCUGGCUUAUUUGCAGGAAAGCCUCAUCAUCGAAAUAGGGCAACGGUGUUUUCAUUGGGUUCUCGACAAGAGAUACUAACACGCGAUUUCCUUAAUCCUCUUAUUGUUCCUCAUGCUGCCCAAGAAGCUAAUCAGAAGAUACUGGGAAGCAAUAUCAAAUCAACUGUGGACAGGCUAGCGCAAGUAAUGCAGAUGCAUAAUGAUAGUGUAAAGGCCCUUGAUGUUAAACGUAUGCAAACACCGAUCGAUACGAGACCACACUAUUUGGGAAAGAAAAUGGAAGCCAUCCUUGAGUCGUGUGAGGACGCUGUCGAACAACUUCUUCUCCGAAUGUCCUCCUGCCUACCGAAUACUAGAGAUCGGCUAGUCUUCCUUAUCAAUAAUUACGACCUGACACUUGGCAUAAUCGAUGCCGUAUUCACGCAGUUGGUUCAGUAUGUACAGCGGUUCUCCAAAUUGGUGUCGCAUGAAAUUUUCCGUGAUAAUCCGGCACGUAACGACAUGGUCAAUAUUCAUCAUAUAUUGGUGGAAUUGAAGAAAUAUAAGC